AUGAGUACAGAUGCAGAGAUGGCCAUUUUCGGGGAGGCGGCCACAUACCUCCGGAAACCGGAGAGAGAAAGGAUUGCCGCUCAGAACAGUCAUUUUGAUUCUAAGACAGCAUGUUAUUUGACCGACAGCAAACAGAUGUACCUCAAAGGCAACAUCCUGAAGAGAGAUGGUACCAAAAUCACCGUGAAGAUGACUGGAGGACAAGUUGUAACAGUGACAGAAGAUGACGUGUAUCCAAUGAAUCCUCCAAAAUUUGAUAAGAUUGAAGACAUGGCCAUGAUGACUCAUCUGAAUGAAGCCACUGUGCUGUAUAACCUCAAAGAACGUUACGCAGCAUGGAUGAUCUACACCUACUCUGGGUUGUUCUGUGUCACUGUGAACCCCUAUAAGAAGUUACCAGUCUACAACCAGGAGGUGGUAGUGGCCUAUAGAGGAAAGAAACGCAUGGAAGCUCCGCCUCACAUCUUCUCUGUCUCUGACAACGCCUAUCAGUUCAUGCUCACAGACAGAGAGAACCAGUCUGUCCUCAUCACCGGAGAAUCUGGUGCAGGAAAGACUGUGAACACUAAACGUGUCAUCCAGUACUUUGCAACAAUUGCAGUGUCUGGGAAGAAAGAAUCUACUACCAACAACAACCAUAACCAUGGUUCCCUGGAGGAUCAAAUCAUUGCAGCCAACCCCCUGUUAGAAGCAUAUGGUAAUGCCAAAACCGUAAGGAAUGACAACUCCUCUCGAUUUGGUAAAUUCAUCAGGAUUCAUUUUGGAACCACUGGAAAGCUUGCCUCAGCUGAUAUUGAGACCUACCUGCUGGAAAAGUCUAGAGUGACAUUCCAGCUUGCUGAUGAGAGAAGUUAUCACAUCUUCUAUCAAAUCAUGACUAAUCACAAGCCAGAGCUGAUUGAGAUGCUGCUCAUCACAACCAACCCAUAUGAUUUCCCUAUGAUCAGUCAGGGGCAGAUCACUGUGACCAGCAUCAUCGACAAAGAUGAAUUGGUCGCUACCGAUACUGCUAUUGACAUCCUGGGCUUCACGCUGGAUGAGAAGAUGGGCAUCUUCAAGCUGACCGGUGCUGUGAUGCAUCAUGGAAACAUGAAGUUCAAGCAGAAGCAGAGAGAAGAGCAAGCAGAGCCAGAUGGCACAGAGGUGGCUGACAAAGUUGCUUACCUCCUGGGCUUGAACUCUGCCGACCUGAUAAAAGCUAUCUGCUACCCGAGAGUUAAGGUCGGAAAUGAGUAUGUAACCAAGGGGCAGACAGUCCAACAGGUCCAUAACUCAGUUAUGGCCUUGGCAAAAUCCAUCUAUGAGAAGAUGUUCUUGUGGAUGGUUAUCCGAAUCAACCAGAUGUUGGACACCAAGCAGCCAAGACAGUUCUUUAUUGGUGUCCUGGACAUUGCUGGGUUUGAGAUAUUUGAUUACAACAGCCUGGAGCAGCUGUGUAUCAACUUCACCAAUGAGAAACUGCAACAGUUUUUCAACCACCACAUGUUUGUGUUGGAACAAGAAGAGUACAAGAAAGAAGGAAUUGAAUGGGAGUUCAUAGACUUUGGAAUGGACUUGGCUGCCUGCAUUGAGCUCAUUGAGAAGCCAAUGGGCAUCUUCUCCAUCCUCGAAGAGGAAUGCAUGUUCCCCAAGGCUUCAGACACCACCUUCAAGAGCAAGUUGUAUGACCAGCAUCUGGGAAAGACAGUCUGCUUUCAGAAACCCAAACCUGCCAAAGGCAAGGCUGAUGCUCACUUCUCUCUGGUGCACUAUGCUGGAACUGUGGACUACAACAUCUGUGGCUGGCUGGACAAGAAUAAGGACCCUCUGAAUGAAUCUGUGGUACAGCUAUAUCAGAAGUCAGCAGUUAAACUGCUGGCUCUCCUGUAUGCAAGCUUUACACAAGCCGAUGAUCUUAGCAAAAAAGGGGCAAAGAAGAAAGGUGGAUCCUUUCAAACCGUGUCUGCCCUUUUUAGGGAGAACUUGGGCAAGCUGAUGACAAACCUCAGAUGCACUCAUCCUCACUUUGUGCGCUGCUUAAUUCCCAACGAGACCAAGACUCCAGGUUUCAUGGAGAAUUCUCUGGUGAUCCACCAGUUGAGGUGUAAUGGUGUGUUAGAAGGUAUCAGAAUCUGCAGAAAAGGUUUUCCAAGCAGAAUACUUUAUGGGGAUUUCAAGCAACGAUACAAAGUAUUGAAUGCCAGCAUUAUCCCAGAUGGCCAGUUCAUUGACAACAAGAAAGCUUCAGAAAGACUCUUGGGGUCAAUUGAUGUGGACCGCACUCAGUACAAAUUUGGGCACACCAAGGUGUUUUUCAAGGCUGGGCUGCUAGGAACCCUGGAGGAGAUGAGAGAUGAAAAGCUGGCAGCAUUGGUUACAAUGACUCAAGCUGUCUGCAGAGGCUUUGUAAUGAGGAAGGAAUUCAAAAAGAUGAUGGAAAGAAGAGAAUCUAUCUUCAUCGUCCAGUACAACAUCCGCUCCUUCAUGAACGUGAAACACUGGCCAUGGAUGAAGCUUUACUUCAAGAUCAAACCCCUUCUAAAGAGUGCUGAGACAGAGAAGGAGAUGGCAACCAUGAAGGAAGAGUUUGCCAAGUGUAAGGAGACCCUGGCCAAGGCCGAAGCCAAAAAGAAGGAACUGGAGGAGAAAAUGGUGUCUCUUCUGCAGGAGAAAAACGAUCUUCAGCUGCAAGUAGCUUCUGAAAGUGAAAACCUUUCAGAUGCAGAAGAAAGAUGUGAAAGUCUUGUCAGGAGCAAGAUCCAGCUUGAGGCCAAAGCUAAAGAGCUGAGUGAGAGGCUAGAGGAUGAGGAGGAGAUCAAUGCUGAGCUAACCGCCAAGAAAAGGAAACUGGACGAUGAGUGCUCUGAGCUGAAGAAGGACAUUGAUGAUCUAGAGCUCACCCUGGCUAAAGUUGAGAAAGAGAAACAUGCCACUGAAAACAAGGUGAAAAACUUGACUGAAGAGAUGUCAACACUAGAUGAAACCAUAGUUAAAGUAUCCAAGGAGAAAAAAGCCCUCCAAGAGGCCCAUCAGCAAGUCUUGGAUGAGCUCCAGGCAGAGGAAGACAAAGUCAACACUCUGACCAAAGCUAAGGCUAAGCUGGAACAGCAAGUAGAUGAUUUAGAGGGCUCCCUUGAACAUGAGAAGAAACAUUCCAUGGACCUUGAGAGAUCCAGGAAGAAGUUUGAGGGAGAUUUAAAACUUGCCCAAGAAUCCAUAAUGGAUCUAGAGAAUGAAAAACAGCAAUCUGAUGAAAAGUUGAAGAAGAAAGACUUUGAAAUUUGUCAUCUUGUUGGGAAAAUUGAAGAGGAGCACUCCCUUUAUGCCCAGUGUCAGAAGAAACUGAAGGAACAUCAGGCCCGUAUUGAAGAGCUGGAAGAGGAGAUUGAGGCAGAACGUGCUGCCAGAGCUAAGGUGGAGAAGCAGAGAUCAAAUAUCUCCAGAGAACUUGAGGAGAUCAGUGAAAGGCUUGAAGAAGCUGGUGGAGCCACCACUGCUCAGAUUGAGAUGAACAAGAAGCGUGAGUCAGAGUUUCAGAAACUGAGACGAGACCUGGAGGAGUCAACUCUGCACUACGAAGCUACUUCUAAUGCACUGCGUAAGAAACAUGCAGAUUCUGUGGCAGAGCUAGGAGAGCACAUCGACAACCUGCAGCGCAUCAAGCAGAAGCUAGAGAAGGAGAAGGGAGAAUAUAAAAUGGAGAUUGAUGACCUUGUUAGCAACAUGGAGUCACUGUCCAAAUCAAAGUGUAACAUGGAAAAAAUGUGCCGAAGCCUCGAAGACCAACUCAGUGAGCUAAAAGCCAAAAAUGAUGAAAAUCAGCGGCAAGUCACUGACUUCACUGUGCAAAUAGCAAGAUUCCAAACAGAAAAUAGUGAGCUUUCUCGUCAGCUUGAGGAAAGAGAAUCUUUGGUAUCCCAGCUGACCAAAAACAAACAGGCUUUGACUUUACAAGCCGAAGAACUGAAGAGGCUGGCUGAGGAGGAGGUUAAGGCCAAGAAUGCCUUAGCCCACACCCUCCAAUCUGCCCGCCAUGACUGUGACCUUCUGAGAGAGCAGUUUGAGGAGGAGCAGGAGGCCAAGGCAGAGCUGCAGCGCAGCAUGUCUAAGGCCAAUGGAGAGGUGGCUCAGUGGAGAACUAAAUACGAGACGGACGCCAUCCAAAGAACAGAAGAGCUGGAGGAGUCCAAGAAGAAGCUCGCCCAGCGUCUUCAGGAUGCUGAAGAGACCAUUGAGGCUGUGAAUGCAAAAUGUUCCUCUCUGGAGAAGAUUAAGCAGAGGUUGCAGGGAGAGGUGGAGGACCUCAUAAUGGAACAGGAGAAAAAUAAUGCCUGGGCCACUAACAUGGACAAGAGGCAACGGAACUUUGAUAAGAUUUUGACUGAAUGGAAGCACAAGUAUGAGGAGAGCCAGGCUGAGCUGGAGGGUUCACAGAAAGAAUUUCGUUCCAUGAGCACUGAACUCUUCAAAAUGAAGAAUUCUUAUGAGGAGUGCCUGGACCAGCUAGACACCACGAAGAAAGAGAAUAAGAUCCUGCAACAGGAACUCACAGACCUGAGUGACAGACUUGGUGAAACUGGGAAGAUCAUCCAUGAAGUGGAGAAGGCCAAGAAGAUUAUAGAGACUGAGAAAGCAGAGAUCCAGACAUCUCUUGAGGAAGCAGAGGCCUCUUUGGAGCACGAGGAGUCCAAAAUCCUACAUGUGCAUCUAGAGCUGGCCCAGGUGAAAGGGGAAGUGGACAGGAAGCUUGCAGAAAAGGAUGAAGAAAUGGAGCAGCUGAAACGCAGCAGCCAGCGGUUGAUCGAGUCACUGCAGAACAGCCUUGACUCUGAGGUCAGGAGCCGAAACGAUGCUCUCAGGUUUAAACGCAAGAUGGAGACAGACCUUAAUGAGAUGGAGGUUCAGCUGAGCCACGCUAACCGGCAGUCUGCUGAGGCCCAGAAACAGCUUAGAAAUGUCCAGGGACAACUUAAGGAUGCUCAGAUGCACCUGGAUGAGGCUCUGCAUAGCCAAGAGGAAUUAAGGGAACAGGCUGCCUUGGUAGAGCGCAGGAACACCCUGAUGCAGGCCGAGGUGGAAGAGCUGAGGGCGGUCCUGGAGCAGGCAGAGAGGAGUCGCAAGAUGGCAGAGCAGGAGCUGGCAGACACCUGUGAGAGAGUUGGGCUGCUGCACUCCCAGAAUAUAAAUUUGAUGAGCACCAAGAAGAAACUGGAUGCUGACCUCACCCAACUCCAGGCUGAGAUGGAAGAUGCUGUCCAGGAGGCCAGGAAUGCAGAGGAGAAAGCCAAAAAGGCCAUCACAGAUGCAGCCAUGAUGGCCGAGGAGUUGAAGAAGGAGCAGGACACCAGCUCUCACCUGGAGAGGAUGAAGAAGAACCUGGAGGUGACAGUUAAGGGCCUGCAGGUCCGUCUAGAUGAAUCUGAGAACCUGGCCAUGAAGGGAGGCAAGAAACAGCUCCAGAAACUGGAGUCCAGGAUCCGAGAGUUGGAAGGAGAACUGGAGGCUGAACAAAAGAGAGGAGCUGAAGCCAUUAAAGGAGUCAGGAAAUAUGAGCGAAGAGUCAAGGAGCUCACCUACCAGGCAGAGGAGGACAGGAAGAAUGUCCUUAGGCUGCAGGACCUGGUGGACAAGCUGCAGCUCAAAGUAAAGGCCUACAAACGGCAUGCUGAGGAAGCUGAAGAGCAGGCUAACAUGAACCUGGCUAGGUGCAGAAAGGUGCAGCAUGACCUGGAGGAGGCAGAAGAGAGGGCUGACAGCGCUGAGUCCCAGAUCAACAAGAUGAAAGCCAAGAGCAGGGAUAUGAGUUCAAAAAGCAAAGAACCAUGAAGACGAGGAAAAUUACUGUAUGACUCAGAAGACUCAACAAAAGACGGGAAUGAGUUAUAUAAUACCUUGCAUGCUUGUCUUGGCCGCUGUGUAACCUGUUUUAUUAGACUAAUUUAAUGGCUUUAUGUUUGGGCCAAUUAUAUAAUACCCUUUGGAAAAAUAGGACAUUUGUGUUAAUGUGUAUUAUUCAAAUGAAGUAUUUUG